AUGGUUGCGGGAAAGAAACUAUUUUGGAAGGUGGAGCGCAUUUUUUUUGCUCGGAGAUUUUCAAUUGAUGCAUUGCAGCAACAUUUGUACUUGUAUAUUCAUAGGCCUCACAAAUGUUGUACACUUACAGCGUUAUUAUCGUUUGUUACAGAAUUUCGCUUGGCUUUUAGCGUGUUUGACAAUGAUGGUGACGGGACUAUUUCGACAGAAGAAUUGGCUUCUGUUCUGAAGAACAUGGGCCAGAAUUUGACAGACGAAGACCUUGAUGAGAUGAUAAAUGAAGUAGACGAAGACGGAAACGGAGAAAUAGAUUUUGACGAAUUUUUGACGAUGAUGGAAAAUAAGCUGCAAUAUAAAGAAAAUGAGGACGAAAUUUUAGAAGCUUUCAAGGUAUUUGAUAAUGGUAAGGGAUUUAUAAGAGCCUCAGAUCUUCGCGAGAUUUUGAAGACGCUAGGUGAUCGUAUGACAGAUGCAGAAAUUGAUGAAAUGAUGCUAGAGGCAGAUAUCAAAGACGGAAUGAUUAAUAUCCAUGAGUUUGUGCUUGUGAUUUGUCGAUGAACUUUGUCAAAUAAAGAGUUUAAUGUCCAGCAGGUAACAUAUUCAAACGAUUCAAUGGUUUUAUAUGAGACAGUUCUAUAAUGCAAAUAAACGUAAAAUAUGA